AUGCCUUUCAUGUUCGAAAAGAUCUUAUCCGUUUUUCUGAAGGCAACCAAACCCAAUAUCAAAGUCAUUCAAGAAUGCCCACCAGGAUUCAUUACGAAGAACUGUACUUUACCGUGUCGAUACCCAAGCUUUGGUCCAGCUUGCCAAGGGAAUUGCAAUUGUAAGGCGUCAGAUUGUAAUAGCGGAACAGGGUGUAAAGAAGGCGUUGCAACUUUAUAUCCAGUUUCCUCUUCACGAGGUGAAUUGACUUCUUCUACAAUGCCAAACACCUUAAACAUAACAAUUUGUCCGAUUGGUUAUACUGGUGAGAAGUGUAAACUCCCGUGUCCUUUUCCAAAUUAUGGUGAUGGUUGUCAGAUUGAGUGCAGUUGUGCGGAAGAACUUUGUAGUCAUAUAAAUGGAUGCUCAAUUAACAGCACGCAUGGCUUAAAGACUGAACCUCGGACACCAACAACGACACCUAUCGUGGGGACUUCUAUAAAAUUGUUAGAUACACAGUGUCAUGUAAAGAUGUUAGGGGACAGCAGAGGCAGGAAAUCCAGACUACUUCGUGGCGCGAUAGGAAUGGCAUGUGUGGCAUUAAUUUUCUUCACAACAUAUUGUUUAUUAAUUAUCCUUAACAAUUCAGAGGGAUUCAAUUCAAUAAGUAUCUGUGAUCUAUGUUGUAGAAAGGGAAACGAAACAACUGAAAUUCUUGUAGAAUGUCCACCAGGAUACACUGGAGAGAACUGUGAUAUCCCAUGUCGACAUCCCAGCUUCGGUCAAGCUUGUCAGGAGAUAUGUCAUUGUACAGAAAUAGACUGUGACAGCGUCACAGGAUGUGUAGUCUGUCCGAUUGGUUAUACUGGUGAUAGAUGUGAAAUGCCGUGUCGAUUUCCAACUUAUGGUGAUCGUUGUCAGAUGGCGUGCAGUUGUGCUGAGGAAUUUUGUAAUUUUACUUACGGAUGCUCAACUAGCAGCACAAUUGACUCCAGGAAUGGACAGCAGACACCAACGAGGACAACUACCAUGGUGACUUUUAUAAAACAGGCGGUAGGAAAACACGGUUACUGGGGUACAUCGGAGAUGGGAUCAGUUGUCUACAGUGAGUAA